CUCCACCCUCGGGUGGUCGCUGUCCGGAGGAUCACCCCCUGCGAAGGAAACCCCGCCCCCGCGGCUCCUGCGCGCCCCGCCCAGGCCCGCAGCGCGGCUGCAGCGCGAGGGGCGGAGAGGCACAGCGCUGAGAGGACCAGACGCCCAGGUCGCCCGCAUCCAGUGCCGCAGGACACCGAAAGCGCAUCUUCGCCGGGGCGUCCCAGCUGCUCCCUUGGCCCCAGCGACAGAUCACCUGUCCUCCGCCUCGACCCCAGCCCAGCGUUUCCUUCCUCCGGAGCACACGCUACGCUUGCAGUCGGAGACGCGCCCAAUCCCUCAUCAUCGACCACCAUGGCGGAGACCAACAACGAGUGCAGCAUCAAGGUGCUUUGCCGAUUUCGGCCCCUGAACCAGGCCGAGAUUCUGCGAGGGGACAAGUUCAUCCCCAUUUUCCAAGGGGACGACAGCGUCAUUAUCGGGGGAAAGCCAUAUGUCUUUGACCGUGUAUUCCCCCCAAACACGACUCAGGAGCAGGUUUAUCACGCCUGUGCCAUGCAGAUUGUCAAAGACGUCCUUGCUGGCUACAAUGGCACAAUUUUCGCUUAUGGACAGACAUCCUCAGGGAAAACACAUACCAUGGAGGGGAAGCUGCACGACCCUCAACUGAUGGGCAUCAUUCCCCGGAUCGCUCGAGACAUCUUCAACCACAUUUACUCCAUGGACGAGAACCUUGAAUUCCACAUUAAGGUGUCUUACUUCGAGAUUUACCUGGAUAAGAUCCGUGACCUUUUGGAUGUGACCAAGACGAACCUGUCUGUGCACGAGGACAAAAACCGGGUGCCGUUUGUCAAGGGUUGUACCGAACGCUUUGUGUCCAGCCCAGAGGAGAUUCUGGAUGUGAUUGAUGAGGGGAAGUCGAACCGCCACGUCGCUGUCACCAACAUGAACGAGCACAGCUCUCGGAGCCACAGCAUCUUCCUCAUCAACAUCAAGCAGGAGAACGUAGAGACGGAGCAGAAGCUCAGCGGGAAGCUGUACCUGGUGGAUCUGGCCGGAAGCGAGAAGGUCAGCAAGACAGGAGCCGAGGGAGCCGUCCUGGAUGAGGCAAAGAACAUCAACAAGUCGCUGUCGGCCCUGGGGAACGUGAUCUCCGCUCUGGCCGAGGGCACCAAAAGCUACGUGCCGUACCGUGACAGCAAAAUGACGAGGAUUCUCCAGGACUCUCUGGGAGGGAACUGCAGGACCACCAUGUUCAUCUGCUGCUCCCCAUCCAGCUACAAUGACGCAGAGACCAAGUCCACACUCAUGUUUGGGCAGCGGGCAAAGACCAUCAAGAACACUGCCUCAGUGAAUCUAGAGUUGACUGCUGAGCAAUGGAAGAAGAAAUACGAGAAGGAGAAGGAGAAGACCAAGGCCCAGAAGGAGACAAUUGCGAAGCUGGAGGCUGAGCUUAGCCGGUGGCGCAAUGGAGAAAAUGUGCCUGAGACUGAGCGCCUGGCUGGAGAGGAUUCAGCUCUGGGAGCUGAGCUCUGUGAGGAGACCCCUGUGAAUGACAACUCAUCCAUUGUGGUCCGCAUCGCACCUGAGGAAAGGCAGAAAUACGAGGAAGAGAUCCGUCGCCUGUACAAGCAGCUCGAUGACAAGGAUGAUGAGAUCAACCAGCAGAGCCAGCUCAUUGAGAAGUUGAAGCAGCAGAUGCUGGACCAGGAAGAGCUGCUAGUGUCCACCCGGGGAGACAAUGAGAAGGUCCAGCGGGAGCUGAGCCACCUGCAGUCCGAGAACGACGCAGCCAAGGACGAGGUGAAGGAAGUGUUGCAGGCCCUGGAGGAGCUGGCCGUCAACUACGACCAGAAGUCCCAGGAGGUGGAGGAGAAGAGCCAGCAGAACCAGCUGCUGGUGGAUGAGCUGUCCCAGAAAGUGGCCACCAUGCUGUCCCUGGAGUCCGAGCUACAGCGGCUCCAGGAGGUCAGUGGACACCAGCGAAAACGGAUCGCUGAGGUGCUGAACGGGCUGAUGAAGGACCUGAGUGAGUUCAGUGUCAUCGUGGGUAACGGCGAGAUAAAACUGCCCGUGGAGAUCAGCGGGGCCAUCGAAGAGGAGUUCACGGUGGCCCGACUCUACAUCAGCAAGAUCAAGUCAGAGGUGAAGUCUGUGGUGAAGCGAUGCCGGCAGCUGGAGAACCUCCAGGUGGAGUGUCAUCGCAAGAUGGAGGUGACCGGUAGGGAGCUGUCAUCCUGCCAACUGCUCAUCUCACAGCACGAGGCCAAGAUCCGUUCACUCACGGAGUACAUGCAGACUGUGGAGCUGAAGAAGCGGCACCUGGAAGAGUCCUACGACUCCCUCAGUGACGAGCUGGCCAGGCUGCAGGCGCAUGAAACUGUGCACGAGGUGGCUCUGAAGGACAAGGAGCCGGACACCCAGGAUGCGGAGGAGGUGAAGAAGGCCCUGGAACUGCAGAUGGAGAAUCACCGUGAGGCCCAUCACCGGCAGCUGGCCCGCCUCCGCGAUGAGAUCAACGAGAAGCAGAAGACCAUUGAUGAGCUGAAAGACCUGAACCAGAAGCUUCAGUUAGAGCUGGAGAAGCUUCAGGCCGACUAUGAGAGGCUGAAGAAUGAAGAGAACGAGAAGAGUGCCAAGCUCCAAGAGCUGACAUUUCUGUAUGAGCGACACGAGCAGUCCAAGCAGGACCUCAAGGGGCUGGAGGAGACAGUUGCCCGUGAACUCCAGACCCUCCACAACCUUCGCAAGCUGUUCGUUCAAGACGUCACAACUCGAGUCAAGAAAAGUGCAGAAAUGGAGCCCGAGGACAGUGGGGGGAUUCAUUCCCAAAAGCAGAAGAUCUCCUUUCUUGAGAACAACCUGGAACAGCUUACAAAGGUUCACAAACAGCUGGUACGUGACAAUGCAGAUCUGCGUUGUGAGCUUCCUAAAUUGGAAAAACGACUUCGGGCUACGGCUGAGAGAGUUAAGGCCCUGGAGGGUGCACUGAAGGAGGCCAAGGAGGGCGCGAUGAAAGACAAGCGCAGGUACCAGCAGGAGGUGGACCGCAUCAAGGAGGCCGUGCGCUACAAGAGCUCUGGCAAGCGGGGCCAUUCUGCCCAGAUUGCUAAGCCCGUGAGGCCUGGCCACUAUCCCGCCUCCUCACCCACCAACCCCUAUGGCACCCGAAGCCCCGAGUGCAUCAGCUACACCAACAACCUCUUCCAGAGCUACCAGAACCUGCACCUGCAGGCCGCACCUAGCUCCACCUCAGACUUGUACUUUGCUAGCAACGGAGCCACGUCUGUCGCCCCCUUGGCGUCCUACCAGAAGGCCAACAUGGACAAUGGAAAUGCCACAGAUAUCAACGACAACAGGAGUGACCUGCCGUGUGGCUACGAGGCUGAGGACCAGGCCAAGCUUUUUCCCCUCCACCAAGAGACAGCAGCCAGCUAACUCCAACCCUGGCUACACAGCUGCACUUUCAGUUUCUAAGAGGGACUGAGGCCUCUUCUCUCAGCAUGCUGCAAAACCUGUGGUCUCUGACACUAACUCCCUCCCCAGCCCGUGUUGUUGGAUGUCUUCUCCUACUCCGUAUCUCUUUGUACUCUGUAUCUAUAUAUCAGAAGCUGCUGCUAUGUCUCCUCUCCGUCCCCUCUAAGUAUCUGAUGAUGUAUUUAGCAGUUUUUAAGCAUAGUCUCCCUUCCUCGUCGGGCGUUAGGGAGGAGGGAAACGUUUCUUCUUUCUUCCAUAUACUCGUUUCUCACACCGAGUGAUGUCGUCACUGAGUAGAGGUCACAAAAGAGAAAGGAAAGAUGGGAGCAGGGAGGCUGCCCUCCUUCUGUCUCACAGACACACGUGUACAUGCCCACACGCCCACACACACAGUGUACAUACAAAGCCUUAAGCAGAAGAAUGUCUUAGCAUCUACGAAAAGAGAGAAACAGAGCCCCUCUUUACACAGAGCGCAGAGGAGGACCCGGCGGAAGGUUUGCGACAUCACUCCCUCUCCCCUGACACCCCCCACCCGAGUCAGCAGACUGCCGGUGGCCUCCUCUGUCCUGUGAAGUCUGCCUUUCGACCCCUUCUUCCCCAGUUUGAGAGCGUGGGUUGCUCAAGGGACUGUUUCCCUUUCUGGCCCGAACCUCUUUUGGUACUUUCCACUCCAGAUAUCUCAGCCAGAACUUCUGAAAAGCCAAGAGGGCCGGCUGCUGAGAAUCAGCCGCUCGUCUGUCUGUGCCAAUAGUGACUAGCAGGUGGAUUCAGAACGGCUGGCUCCCUGGGUCUGGGGAGUGAGCAGGCCGGGGAUGACGGUGCCCUACUGUCUCAGGGUGAAGCUAUGAGCUCAUUCUUUCUCCCACACUGGGCUGCUUGUGCUUCCCACUCCUGACUUUGGUUUGGGACUUCCUGAUUAUUGGCAUAAUAGCUGUCUCUAGAUGCUGUCCCUUCAAAAUGGAAUCUGGCUUGUUCCCAGCAUACCUCCCCCCACGCCCCCAAAUAGAGUUCCUUCUGUAAUCUCCAUCUGGUCCCAAGUGCACUUUAAAGACAGGGGCGGGGGAGCAGGUUGGAGCCUGGUGGCGGGCAGCUUCUCUGCACGUGAAAAAGCUCUGCGCCUGAUCCCAGCGCCGCAAAAGCAAAAGCAAAAGCUGGGUGUAGCGGCUCACGCUUUCCAAGAUUGCUCUCAGGAAGCCGGGGUAGGAAAACUGCUAAAUUUGAGGCUAGCCUGGACUACACAGUUAGAUCCAGGAGAGCUUGUGCUAUGACGGGAGGAAAUCCUAUCCUAAAAUGAGGGAAGGAAGGAAAGAAGGAAGGAAGG